CUCACUCACUGACGUUUUCUAAAUUCUCUGUUGUCUUGUUGUCUGUCACUUCAACGAACCGGUAUCCCAGUAGAAUGUAAUAUUGUGAAGAUUGUAAUUAAUUCAGGUCCAAUUAUAUUAAAUUAAAUGGUUACCUACAUCAACAUAUAAAACCUCAUGUUAUAUACCGUAAUUCAAAGUUAUUGUAUUAUAUUAUGUUCAACCUAAUUACGUAGUGAGCCUGAGAAGUCAAUGUUUAUGUUUAUUUGGGUUGACAAGUUUAGGUUUAGGUGGCAACAAAAUAUCUGCAAUAUGAAGAUUGUCUUUAAAAACAAGGUUUAAAUACUGUAUAAGAGUGAUAUUAAAGCAUCUAUUUAUAUAGUGUUCUUGCAACUUUGCUAUUGUUCAACUUAAAACACUACAUUGAACUGGAGUUUAUUAAUACAAAUCAAAUUAAGUUGUGAUAUAUUUUUGACUGUGAAAGUUUAAAAGCAGUGCAUUUUAAAGAUUUGGGUAGACAAUGUAUACUUGCGUGUAAUUGUUUUCUUUAUAUCUAAUGUAAAUAGACAACAAAUAGAAAACAUAAAAAUAACUAUUCAUAAAAUUAAGAUUCAAGGAAUUUAUGUUAUCAUAGAUUAAUUUUAAAGAAAUGGAAGACAUACGUUUAGAGCCGUAUGAAUGUUCAAGUUGCAGUUACGUAACCAACAAUAGUGAGUCUUUGAAUAAACACUUAUUAACUCACAGAGAUGACGACAAGAUUUAUCAGUGUACUGACUGCAACUACACAAGCUCAAUCAUUAGAGAUUUUAAGAGGCACGUAUUUACACAUACAGGGGAGAAACCUUUUAAGUGUUCUUUUUGUGAUUUUGCCUGCAAAAGAAGUUGUUAUUUAAAAGUUCACUUACGAAUUCACACUAAUGAAAAACCAUUCAAAUGUCCGGAAUGUAAUUACUCAUGCAAAACCAAAUAUGUAUUGAAGAAACAUUCAGUCACUCAUACAGGGGAAAGGCCAUACCAGUGUUCUAUGUGUGAUUAUGCUUCUGGAUCCACCAAUGGGUUAAAGAGACAUUUUCUCAUUCACACCGGUGAGAAGCCAUAUAAGUGUACAAUAUGUGACUAUGCUUGUACAACAAAUACUCAACUGAAAAAUCAUAUAUUAACUCACUCAGAUGAGAAACAAUUUAAGUGUUCUGAAUGUAAUUAUGCAUGUAAAGUGAAAGCAGAAUUGAAGAGACAUUUAUUAAAUCAUCAAGGAAAGCCGUACAAAUGUUCUUGGUGUGACUUCUCUAGUAUAACCAGUAAUGGUUUGAAGAGACAUUUACUAAUUCACACAGAAGAGAAGCCAUACAGAUGUCCUAGAUGUGAUUAUGCUUCUGCUUACAAAGAGCAAUUAAAGAUUCAUAUCUUAAAACAUACUGGAGAAAAACCUUAUAAUUGUUCUCUUUGCAACUACGCCUGCUCUCAUAUUAGAUAUUUAAAGAAUCAUUUAUUGUUAAACCAUUCAGAUGAUAGGGUGUUGGUAUGAUAUUUAUGUAAGUAAACAGUUACUGAAUUAAAGACAUUUAGCAGUACAAA